UACGCGCGAUGGCUUCCGUGUCAACGUGAUGUGAACUCAUUGCGCUGAUUCCUAUCGCGUACAUCUAGUCGAAAUGUGCAUGAUCGUCCACUGAAUGCGCAGGGGAGUCAUCUUUCAGCAACAAGCAUUAUUCCCGACACACGAUGCCCGGUAACAGCCUCGUCGUGCCCGUUGUGCUGUGGGGCAAACACGCGCCCACGCAUUGCAUUUCCUGCAUCUACCUCUCCAGCGACCAGCGCACGCUCGCCACCGGCUGCAAUGAUGGCCAGAUUUGUCUCUGGCAGGUUGAUCCCAAUACCCUGAAGAUGAUACCGCGAUGUCUGCUCGUCGGACACACGGCGCCUAUCCUCUGCAUCAGCAAGGCAUCUAUAGUUCAGGACAAUAACUACAUUGUGUCAAGCUCAGAGAGUGGAGAGAUGUGCACAUGGGAUUUGGUUGAUGGCAAGUGUUGUGAGUGUGUCAAACUACCACAGGUACACACCAAUAUGCAAGCCUACCAGAUGAGUAACUGUGAAGAUGUGCGCCUCUUUUGCAACGGCUACUACCCGGAGAUUAUGAUAAUGGAUCCGUUCAGCUUGGAGGUGGUGCUUGUGCUGUCGUCCAAGGUGAAUCCUGACUGGAUUAGCGCGUUACAUGUCCUGCAUCCGGCCAAGUGCAAAAACGACGUGGUACUUGCACUCACAACAACUGGGAUGUUUAAAGUGUGGACGCUGCUAGGACACGAGAAUAAGCACUCGGAGCCAAUCUAUGAGAACGAGAGUAAGCACACGCGAUGUCUGAACGCCAUUUGCCUGCAAUGCUGCGCGUAUAAUCAGCGCACAGUCCUGAUUGUCUGCUCCAAGUACUGGCAGAUUUAUGAUGCAGGUGAUUUCAGCGUCCUGUGUUCCUACGAUGCACCGCGUGGGGAGCGUUGGAUGUCUGGCGAUUUCCUCGCCGUCGACCGCAUUUUAGUGUGGUCCGAUGCGGGCACCGGAUACAUGUACAAGUUGCCCACCAACUGCAUCCCCGACAACAAAGACUUCCACAAGCAGCUUGAGGGAGACAGUCCGUAUCUGUAUUGCGUACUCAGUCAACCUGACUCAAAGCCGUUGUCAUGCCCGCCAGCGAUGCAUUAUGUAAAAACACAACGUGAAGGGAAUACGAAUCGCUAUCUGUUGCGUGGUGAUUCUGAGGGUAUUGUCUUGCUGUGGAACAUCCCCAAUGUGCCGAUGGAUCGCAUCUACGAGAUGCAACACACGAAACAGCCGCUACAGAUGGCCGCGACAUUGAACACGAGCCUCACGCACGCGUGGGCGGCGAUGCAUCCUAGCCCUGUUGGAGUGCUGGACCAGGUUGAGAAGCACGAGUCUGCGCCAGUUCGGCUAACUGCCAGUAUUUAUCUCCCAUCCCAGUGCAAGCUUGUGCUCGGCCGGGAAGACGGCACGAUCAUAAUUGUGCCUGCAUCGCAGACGAUCAUGCUGCAGAUGUUGCAUGGGAACCACCAACAGUAUGAUAAUUGGCCGCAGCAUCAAGUAUUAACCGGACAUGGCGGCCGCGUCAAUUGUUUACUCUAUCCGCAUCGAGAACACUCGCGGUACGACAAGAAUCAUCUGGUUUCCGGUGGGGUGGACUUCGCCGUGUGUCUCUGGGAUUUGUCGAAUUGUAGCUUAUUGUAUAGGUUUUGCGUUCAUGCCGGUGAGAUCACACAGCUUUUGGUACCACCAAAUAAUUGCAGUACAAGAAUACAAAAGUGUAUCUGCUCGGUGGCGUCUGAUCAUUCAGUGACGCUGGUAAGCCUUGCUGAAUUAAAGUGCGUGUGCCUUGCGUCUCGCCAUCUCUUUCCGGUGACGUUGAUUAAAUGGCGGCCGUUGGAUGAUUUCAUGAUCAUUGGUUGUUCUGAUGGUACAGUUUAUGUCUGGCAGAUGGAGACGGGGCAUUUGGAUCGUGUUCUGCAGGGUAUACCUGCUGAAGAGGUGUUGUACGCUUGCGAAGAACACGAAUCACCUAAUAGUAUUUCCUCCGAUGGGCUAGCCAACCCUGCUGUGCACUUCUUCCGUGGUUUACGACAUCGUAACCUCUCCGCCAUUCGGCACGCCACGCAACGAGGCCUUCAUCAGUUGCAGGAGCUGCGCCCGCACAACAACAUCGACGACCCUCACAUGCAACGCUCGCAUAACUCACCACUCAUCAUACAGGGCCUGCGUACCAAUCCUAAGGAUCCCGAGAGUCAUAUAUUAUUCUUUGACAUCGAAGCGCUUAUCGUUGAUUUGCUCAGCGAUGAAUAUUCGGCAAUGUCACCGAAGACUUUGGAAGCGGCGGGUUUGAUCUCACAGUCUGAGUAUUUGAAAGUUGCUGCAUUGACGCAAAGUGCAAGUCCUGAUGCGCACAAGAAACUAGUCGACUUUUUCGGCAAAGUCAAAGACAAAGCCGAAAAUGUCGAAAGGAUCAUCAAGGAGAAGGAUAAGCAUGGAAUCCUAGCGAAAAUGAAGGAAGGGGCGGAAAACGUGCACACCAAGAUUCAAGCAAAAGCCGAGCAGGUUUUGAAAGGCGACACGCAUCGUAAUUCCGAAAGCAAGCCCAACAAACCGUCUCUUAAUUUGGAUAACGUCAGCCAUGGAAUGGAGAUUGCCCAGCUGCUCUUGUCAUUAUUGCAUGCCUGGGGUAUGGACGGUGAUCUCGAUCGUGUGUGUCAAGUAAAACUGGGUUUGUUGCGUCCGAUGGUUCCGUUGUCAUUUGGUGUAUUAUCGAAGGGCAACUAUAUGUCGCUCUUUUUGCCAACGUGGCAUAAUACAAUACCGGUCGACGAACAGACUGUUACCGACAUGGGCGUUCCGAACAAGCACAUCCCCCCGGAGUUGAUCCGCCGGGAGCAGAUUACUCGCGUGUUCACGUCGCGCACACACUGGGAGCUGAGCACAAUGCUCACCAGCAAUCAUCUGCUCGCCAUCAUUGCGCUUAGUCAUACACUCAUGUCCAUGUCGAAUGCAACCUUCGUUCCUGAGCAGGAGCGUAAUCGUAAGUUGCAUAGACAAACAACACGCGUCGAUUGGAGUAAAACCGAUGAAGAGCAUGAGGAAAUGUACACACAACAACAGGCGCAGAUUAAACAAGGAUGGUCACUGCUUGCCACGCUGCACUGUGUCCUUUUGCCUGAUAAAGUAGUGCAGAAUGGCGCGAAGCAGUUCAAGCGCCCGCAGGUCGAGAUGAUGGCGAAGCGUUGGCAGCAUCACUGCGUUGAAGUGCGCGAAGCAGCACAAGCAUUACUCCUAGCUGAGUUAGGUAGACUGGGACCCAAAGGUCGGAAAGCGUUGGUUGAUUCCUGGGCACAGUAUUUGCCCUCUUACACACAGACGGAACCGAUUAACCAACAGGGAAUGAAUAAUAUCCAGCCAGGAACACCGGAAGCAAUGGAGGAGGAGUACGACGAGGAAGAGGAGGAGCAGAUUCGAAAGCCGGCGAGUCUCGCUGAGCUUAAACGCAAACAAACUACAGCCGUGGUAUUAUUAGGGGUGAUUGGGGCUGAAUUUGGGCAAGAUAUUACGACGGAUAGUAAUAAGCGGCGGCAGAGUAACGAUCGUCGCGGGUCGUUUGUUGAUGGGUUUGGUAUCGGUAAUAACAACUUGGCAAGAUUGACAUCGCUGGCAUUGUCACAUUUGCUGCUAGCUCCACCAAGCACCAAGUUUCCGGCGCAUAUUCCUUUGAGGCGCGCUGCCAUUGACCUCAUUGCGGGGUUUACUGUUUGGGAGCCUUAUCUCGACAUUAGCAAGGUGCUGCUGGGCUUGUUGGAGCUGUGUGCGGACGCGGACCGCCUAGUGCCUAGCAUGACGUACGGCUUACCGCUUACACCUGCGGCGGAUUCCUGCCGUACUGCCAGACAUGCGUUGACGCUAAUUGCCACCGCCAGGCCUGCUGCAUUUAUAAUUACGAUGGCAAAAGAAGUAGCACGUUACAACGCAUUGCAGCAGAACCCUCAGACCCUAAAUGUCAAUGUGAAUAACUCAGUGCUACACCGGUCGAAGCCGGAGAUUUUGCGCAGCGUCGAACUGCUUAUCGAAAAGAUGCCCAACGAGAUGUCCGAGCUGCUGGUUGAGCUUAUGGACAUUAUUCUACACUGUGUCGACCCCGGACAUUUGAAAACCAAAGGCUUGCAGGACGUGUUUCCGGCUGUCUGUCGAUUUAAUCAGGUGUCGCACUGUCCUUCUACUAGAAGAAUUGCAGUUGGUGCAAAUAAUGGUAGUUUAACAUUAUAUGAGCUGCGACAAGGAAAGAAUACGGCCAUCCACGCCCACACGACGGCGAUCACGGCCGCUGCCUUCAGCCCCGAUGGAAAGUAUCUAGUCAGCUAUUCGAGUGGUGAUAAUAAAUUAUCAUUCUGGCAAACAAGCACAGGAAUGUUCGGUUUGGGCCAGUCGCAAACACGUUGUGUCAAGUCGUACUCAACAGCGCCGAUUGCAGACGUCAGUCGCUUGAAUCCGAUGCGGUUGGCGCGCCUCGUCUGGAUUAACAAUCGCACUGUCACUCUGAUGCUCGCCGAUGGGUCCGAAACGCGCUUCAACGUUUAGAGAACAACCCUAGCGCCUAAGUAAAUAAAACCGUUGCCUUUUAAUUCCACGAAUGGAGAUGAACCGGCGGAAGCGAUCGAGAAGCAAAAAUCCAAAGCAAAUCUCUGCACAUAAUGUUGAUAUAAUAUUACAAUCUCCUUAUUACCUAUUAACCACCGUAGUGGAUGUAAGAUAUUUUGAUUGGUUACUUGCGUUACUUGACGAUUGGCCACUGGUAGCGAGGUGUGUUAUUGAAAUUGUGUUUUCAAUGCGACAAUAACGAAUCGUAGGCAAACGACGAGGAAGUCCUUGGAAUCUAGAGAAAAAUCAGCAUACUUAUGAUAUAUAAAUUAUAAAUAACGAAGUAACUAACCGUGCGAGGAUGCGAUUUUAAUCGUUUUAUAGUUGUUAGAUACCAUUUGAUGGAUGUCGUUCUAUUGUAUGUAAACAUAAAGCUGUCCCUGUCUGUUUCAUCCGCAUCGUUCAUUAAGCCACGCCAUGUUAUUACGCAGCUGAUAUACAUUCCUAUAAAUACACGUACACACAUCCACACGAAUACACCGACCGUAUAAAGUAUGAAUUUAUUUUUUGCUGGGAAUGAAGCAGCAUAGAAACAAAGAUUUAUUUAUUCGCUGUAAUUAAUUGUGAUCUGUAUGCAUAUUAGGUAUAUUUUAGUACUUGUAGCGAAUUUUAAAACUAUUUUUGUUUAAGAUAUUAUUUGAUGACGUUAGUGAGCAGGCUAUAAUUCACUAUGAUAUCGACUUGCUUUGUAUAUUAUCUUGUUAACUAUUAUUACUAUUAUUAAUAUGAUUAUGAUGUUAUCUAAUCUUAUGCGAACGCUUUCGAUGGAAUUCGAUAGAUUGUUAUCAUUUCGAUCAGUCACCGCAUCAGUCAUACGCGCUACCCUCUAAACGUAACGAUUUCCUCUCGUUGUUGUUGAUUCUAUUCCGUAAGUUUUCCUGUGCUCUUAUUGUUGUGCCGUUCGACCGAGAUACUCUUGCACGAAAUUUACGUUCAAAGCGCAAAUUAAACAGAGAUUUCGAAAAGGAAAUCAAUUUAAUCGAUGUGUGUGUAUGUGCAAAACUUAUAUUAAACGUAUGUUGUAAGGUAUACAAACAGAAGUAAAUUGAAAACCACGUUUAGAUUAUACUCGGUGGAAUGCAAUCAAUCACACUGACUAAGAACAAACCAAAUAUCCUAUGUUACGUUGAGAUUGAGAUUGAGAUGCAAUGCAAUGAAAACUGAUAAUAUAUUAACAUGUUAACUUA